AUGGCUUCACCAAAGACUGUUUCUCACAGCUGGAUUGGCCAGGUCAUAUCUCCAUCCACCUGGGAUCCCAGGCAUUACCCUCACAAUGACUUGCAGUUUGCUCCUAACCUAAAACCAAAAACUUACGAGAUGGCUGGCACGCCACCCGAUUCUCAAGUCCUGUUCCUAGACGUCAAUAUUCUCGACUCCACAGGACGAGAGCCGUAUACGGGUGAUGUCUUAGUCAAAGGAAAGCGUAUUGCUGCGGUUGGAAAGGUGCCUAAUGUCGACGAGCUCCAGAAGGAUGACCGAGUGCGGGUCAUCCAUGGAAAGGGCCGGACCCUGAUGUCUGGACUUGGAGAUGCCCAUACUCAUUUGACAUGGAAUGACAAUGCUCUGGAGCUGCUGGGAGAUGUUGGCGUUGAAGAGCAUACACUCAUUACUGCAAGGUCGGCUCUUAGCUACAUAGAUUCCGGUUAUACAAUGUGCUAUGGAGCCGCCUCAGCUAAGAACAGAUUAGAUUGUGUCAUUCGAGAUGCAAUAAACUCUGGACAACUACCCGGUCCAAGAUUACUCGCUAAUGCAAUGGAGAUUGCCAAGCGUGAUGCCGAGUUGGCAUCUGGAAUCACUGCCUUCGCAGACGGCCCACUUGAAAUGCGUGAGGUGAUUCGGCAUCACGCAAAGCUUGGAGUGGAUCAAAUCAAGCUGAGCAUGUCGGGGGAGGCUAUUAUGGAGUCGCGAUCGGCCGAGGAGAGUUUCUUCGAGAAUGAAGAGACAGCGGCUUGCGUUGAUGAAGCGCACCGUCUCGGGCUACGAGUUUGCUCUCAUGCUCGCGCCCGGGACUCUAUAAUUCAAUCUGUGAGGCACGGAGUAGAUGUUAUUUACCACGCCUCUUAUAUCGACGACGAAGGAAUGGACAUGUUGGAAAAAGCAAAACAUAAGCAUGUUGUUGCACCUGCUAUUAACUGGCUUUAUACUACUGUCCACGAGGCCGAGCCAUAUGGAUACACGUUUGAGCAAGCGGAGAAAGUGGGAUACAAGCAGGAGCUCGAGGUAGCUAUCCGUGCUCUGAGGGAGAUGCGCCGACGUGGCAUUACGAUUCUCCCAGGCGGCGAUUAUGGUUUUGCUUGGUGCCCUCACGGGACAUAUGCACGAGACCUAGAGCAUUUUGUAAAAUUGCUGGGCUUCACUCCUAUGGAAUCAAUUAUUGCAGCAACAGCUGGUAUAGCCAAGCUCUUCAUGCAGGAAGAUGAACUUGGUAAAAUCCUCCCUGGCUUUUAUGCGGACUGCAUCUUGGUCGACGGUGACCCCUUGAAAGAUAUCUCCAUUUUGCAAGACCAUUCAAAGUUGAACGUGAUCAUGAUAAAUGGAAGACUUCACAAGAUAUCGCAGUUGGAGCUCACUUCAAAAUCGCAAGAUAUUUUGUCUUCUGCAAAAUCUGAACAAGAGCAUCAUUUUAGCUACAUCUCUUAUGUGGAUGAUCUUGGGAAUCCACGAAUCGGCCACCUCGACUCCAACGAUAACAAGGUUUAUCCGUUGACAAUGGCUUCAGGUUCACCGCUUGAGAAUAUGUAUCAAGUAAUCGAGCUUGGUAAGGAAGGGGUUGCUCGUGGUUUGGGUUCUCCUGUUCCUUUGAGUUCUGUAAAACUGCUACCUCCCCUUGCAGACCGGGAUGUAUUGUGUAUCGGGGUGAACUACGGAAAACACGCCACCGAGUAUAAGAACAGUGGAUACAGUAGAAACAAUGAUGAAAGUGAAGUGCCAUUACCAGUGAUAUUCUCAAAGCGAAACACGAGCAUUAUAGCUGCUAAUGAAGACAUAUUUCCGCAUCCCAAAUUUACGAAAACCAUUGACUAUGAAGGAGAAGUGGCUGUGAUUAUUGGCAAGGCAGGAUUCAAUAUUCCUGCGGAAAGGGCAAUGGAUUAUGUUUGGGGAUACACUAUUCUCAAUGACGUCACUGCUAGAGAAAAGCAGCGUGAUCAUCAUCAAUUCUAUAUGGGAAAAUCACCUGACACUUUCUGUCCGAUGGGCCCUGUAGCAGUACCUGCGGAUGCUUUGCCAGCGACGCUCCAGGUUCAGACAUACGUGAAUGGGGAAAAACGACAGGAUGGAUGCACUGCGGAUCUCAUUGCAGGUAUUCCUCGGCUGAUUGAAGUUCUGUCUAGCGGAAUGACUCUGCAACCGGGCGAUGUGAUUGCGACAGGAACUCCAGAAGGUGUAGGAAUAGGCUUUCGCCCACCCAAGUUUCUUCAACCGGGCGAUGUUGUUGAAGUAGCUGUUACAGGUCUUGGGAAACUAACUAACCGGAUUGGACAACCAUCCUCCAAAAACCCACAAGUUAGCAGAACUCUCAACAAUACCAGUAUUCCGGUCCAUAACCUAGAUCGCACUUGGGGAGGCACAGGUCUCAAGGAAAUCAGCCCUAAGAACUACGUCAAUAUCCGCGAAAUCAACCCGGAAAACACGCAGAAGGAUGCAAUUGUAUUUAUUCACGGUCUCGGAGCUAGUCUUGAAUACUACCUUCCCUUGAUCCACGCUGCAGGGCUAGAAGAAGGCGGGCACCGCAUAAUUCUCUAUGACCUUGAGGGACACGGUUUGACUUCUACCCGGGCAUCAAACACUGCCACUUUACAAACAUUCGCGAGGGAUCUGGAAUUGCUGUUGUUGGCUAAAGGCAUCAGUUCUGCGACGAUUGUUGGUUGGUCACUGGGUGGGCUUAUUGCCAUGUACUUUGCACAAAUACAUCCUUCACUGGUGUCAAAACUCGUGCUUUUGGGCCCAGGAGGCUCUCCGCUACCGGAGCCAGCUGUGAAAAUGUUCACUCAACGUGCUGCUAUUGUUCGAGAACAAGGCAUGGAAGCGUCUGGUAUGGCGCAACUGGUGGCAACGGCAGCGACAUCUAGGAAGACACAAUCGUCUCGACCCCUAUCAUUCUAUGCGGUACGGCAAUUCCUUGUAUCUACACAUCCGGAAGGCUAUGCAAAAGGGUGUAUCGCGCUUGCCAAAUCGCCGGAAACGGUGAUUGCGGUAGAGACACUACAGAUGCCAACUUUGAUCGUAGCUGGACGUGAUGACGUGAUCUCACCAUUGCAGCUAGUAGAGAAGUACAAAGACCGUCUACCAAAUGGAAAAUUAGAAAUUCUGGAAGGCGUGGGACAUUGGCAUGUUCUUGAGGAUUUGGAGGCAACGGCAAGAGUUAUCAAAGAAUUUCUGAAGUGA